AAAUGUGCUCAGCAUUGCCAUGCAAAUGAGCAAACAAAUUGUUAAUUGUUAUUUGUUGCGGCCGCUGCGAUGCCGACAAACAAAGUUCCAAAGCGUGCUGACUGUGGCACCCUGUAACGCACAAACACCCUGUAUACAGCAGCAGCAACAACAAAGCAGCAACACUUGUGUCUGUCUAUGCAAACAUAACAAACACACGCACACACACACGCACACACACACACACACAUACGUUUCAAUGUGUGCUGCUUAGUUAAACAACAAAAGUUAUAAAUAAAAAAACACGUAGCGUAUGCAACAAAUGCCUGCCCAAAUCAACUCUCAGCCUCAGUCUUAAACUCAAACUCGAGCCUCAACUAAUCUCAGUUAGUUGCCCGUUAACGCCGUCGCCGUUACGUCUGCCACGUAGUCACAGUUUUGUGUUGUGCCGUCGCCGUCGUCGUCGUCGUCGUCGCGUAUCGAAUUUCAUUGCGUUUCCGGUUCUGUAGCUCUCACGCCUCACGCUGAAGUCGCCAUGCCAACGUUGAAGACUGCAAAUUGGAAUUGUUAGAAACUACCACAACAACAUCAAAAACAACAACAACGUGCUGCCAGCAAUAAAAACAACAACAUUAAAUUUAAUAAAAAAUACAGAACUUAGACUUAAGCUGCAGGAAUUUAUCAUGAACAUGGAAUUGUCAGCUCACAGGCAUUAAAGCAACAACAGCAACAGCAACACAGCCUGAGCAACAACAUAUACUAAUAAAUUUUAAGCUCGAGCGCUCGACAGCAACUGCAGCCAUGUGGCAGCAUUAGGGAAUUGCAACAGGCAAAACAAGCAGCAAGCAGCAGAAGUCAGUGGCACACACUGCAAAGGCAAAGUAUCUAAACCUUGCUCCAAAGGUUGCGUGCUGCUGUAAAGCGGCACCAUUGCUGCCAUUAAAAUAGACGCUGCAGCGCAACAGCAACGCUGUCGUCGUCACAAUCAACGCCAGCGCCAACAUCAUCCACAUCAUCGACAUCGCAGACGACGACGGCGCGCCCGCGCCCAGCCAGCAGCAUUGGAUGGCCUAACGGGUGUGGGCGUGCCCAGCUGUUGUCCGCCUGACGACAACAACAACAGCAGCUCAGCAACAUACACAACAGCAACAGAGCGGCGCCAAUACGACGGGCUCACAUUUGUGGGCAAUGCAACGCGCUCAGCAGCAACAGCAACGGGCUGGAGCUGGCCUAAGAUGGGGAGCGUGCUAUUCGCAGCUGUAUUUAUAGCUCUGCAUUUUGCAACCGGCGGCUUGGCGAAUCCAGAUGCGAAGCGUCUCUACGACGAUCUGCUGAGCAACUACAAUCGACUCAUACGACCCGUGGGCAAUAACUCGGAUCGUCUGACAGUCAAAAUGGGACUGCGUUUAUCGCAGUUAAUCGAUGUGAAUUUAAAGAAUCAAAUUAUGACCACAAACGUUUGGGUGGAGCAGGAAUGGAAUGACUACAAAUUGAAAUGGAAUCCGGAUGAUUACGGCGGCGUGGAUACGCUGCAUGUGCCCUCUGAACACAUAUGGCUGCCCGAUAUUGUGCUAUAUAACAACGCCGAUGGCAACUAUGAAGUGACAAUAAUGACAAAAGCAAUUUUACAUCACACGGGCAAAGUGGUCUGGAAGCCGCCCGCCAUUUAUAAAUCCUUUUGUGAAAUUGAUGUCGAAUAUUUUCCAUUCGAUGAGCAAACAUGUUUCAUGAAAUUCGGCUCAUGGACCUACGAUGGUUACAUGGUUGACUUGCGGCACUUGAAGCAAACGGCCGAUUCGGAUAACAUAGAAGUGGGCAUUGAUCUGCAGGACUACUACAUCUCGGUGGAGUGGGACAUAAUGCGCGUGCCCGCAGUGCGCAAUGAGAAGUUCUACAGCUGCUGUGAGGAGCCGUAUCUGGAUAUUGUAUUCAAUUUAACGCUGCGGCGCAAAACGCUUUUCUACACCGUCAAUCUGAUUAUUCCCUGUGUGGGAAUCUCGUUUCUGUCCGUCUUGGUGUUCUAUCUGCCCAGUGACUCGGGUGAAAAGAUCUCGCUGUGUAUUAGCAUCCUGCUGUCGUUGACUGUGUUUUUUCUGCUGCUGGCCGAGAUUAUACCGCCGACAUCGUUGACAGUGCCGCUGCUGGGCAAAUAUUUGCUAUUUACCAUGAUGCUAGUUACGCUCUCCGUUGUGGUCACAAUUGCUGUGCUCAAUGUGAACUUCAGAUCGCCUGUAACACAUCGCAUGGCGCCUUGGGUGCAGCGUGUGUUUAUCAAAAUACUGCCCAAGUUGCUUUGCAUUGAGCGACCCAAAAAGGAGGAAGCCGAAGAGGAACAGCCCGAGGUGCUAACGGACGUGUUCCAUUUGCCGCCGGAUGUGGACAAGUUCGUUAACUACGAUACGAAGCGUUUUAGCGGCGACUAUGGCAUACCAGUGCUGCCCGCUUCGCAUCGCUUCGAUUUGGCAGCAGCGGGCGGCAUUGCAGCGCAUUGCUUCAGUGAUCCGCCGCUGCCCUCCUCACUGCCACUGCCAGGCGCCGACGAUGAUCUGUUCAGUGCAUCAGCUCUGAAUGGCGACAUAAGUCCGGGCUGUUGUCCAGCUGCUGCGCAUGCCGCUGCCGCUGCUGCUGCUGCCGCCGCCGCCGCCGCUGCUGCUGCUGAUCUGAGUCCCACGUUCGAGCGUCCCUAUGCGCGUGAAAUGGAGAAGACCAUUGAGGGCUCGCGCUUCAUAGCGCAGCAUGUGAAAAACAAAGAUAAAUUCGAAAGCGUGGAGGAGGAUUGGAAAUAUGUGGCCAUGGUAUUGGAUCGCUUGUUUCUUUGGAUUUUCGCAAUCGCUUGCGUGGUCGGCACAGCGCUAAUUAUAUUGCAAGCCCCCAGUCUGUACGACCAAUCGCAGCCGAUUGACAUACUCUAUUCGAAAAUUGCCAAAAAGAAAUUCGAGCUGCUCAAGAUGGGCAGUGAGAACACCUUAUAGCGUCCGCUUGGGUUCGCAGCUGGCUGGUGGAAUUUAAUCAUCAGCUCGUUGCGAACCCUGUUCGCCGCACGCGACGAUGAUCGUGGAUAAUACACACUGAGCCAUGCCAUGAGUAGUCUAACAGCCGCCGCCACCAACAGCAGCAGCAACAGCAGUGUUGUUAACAACACUAACUCAUGGAGCCCAAUGUGAAAUGCGUGCGAAGCGAACAUUGCGAAAUUUCUUACAAACUCAAAGUAAAUGUCGCGUCAAGUUUUUGGAGCAGUUGAUCAAAAUGUAUGUAAACUAGUGUUGGUAAACGCGACAGUAUGCGAACAAAUUUCAGUCAGCUGCAGCUCAAGCUGAGCAGCAAGUUUAGUACAUAAGUUUGGAGGUUGUGCAGUGUUGCAUAAAAUGACAAACAGUGUUGUAAAGUAACAAAGCAAAACAAAUGAACAUUUUUGUAAUUUGUAUUGUAUUUUUCGA